GAUUCACAACUUCAGGUCCCUAAAUGGAAGUCUGUUAAAAGCGUGUCUGCACGCUCCGUUAAAACAACAAAAGCAAUUAAUAAGAAUCCACGUAUGAAAAUAAUUGAUGACAGUGAAAAUACACGUCUGCAAUUUCCAAUACAUGGCAACGGGUCUAUUGAAACGGUAAAAUGGGUUUUAAUUGGGUCGGGAUAUAAAGGUUUGUCUAAUUGUUUUAGGGUUUCAACUCAACACAAACAGAAAAUCACCAUAACUUACCAUUGCAUCGACCUGUCGGCUAUGGCUGAAGAACUAUCAGAAGACAUUUUGAAAAAUCAAGAGGAUUAUGCAGAUGGAUUCCCCAUCUUCAAUGUUCCUAAAUGCAAAUGUGGAAUGGAAGCAAGGGUCAUGGUGUCGUGGACUGUAAAGAAUCCUGGGAGGCGAUUCUUUCGUUGCGCAAAACCUAAGGUGUAUGGAGAGGCCAAACCAUGCCCUUUUUUUAGGUGGUAUGAUGAGGAAUAUGCUCCUCACAUCAAACACAUGUUGUAUACUAUGAAGAAAUCCAAUGAGGAACUGCAUAAGGAAGGAGAGAAGCUCAGAGGAGACGUAUUUGAGUUGAAGUAUUUGAUAGAUAAAGCAAGUAUUAUUGAUGCAAUUUCUAUGGAGGAUGAACUGAUUAAAGCUAGUGACAAAAUUGAGAAGAUGGAGGUGGAGCUAACAGAUGUGUAUUCCUCUAAUAGGGGACUGCAGAUGGAAAUAAGAGAAUUGAAGAACGAACUCAAUGGUCGCAGGAUUAGAGAAGGAAAUAGAGGAACUGAAGGUUGAUAAAGCACCUCCUCUUAAUGUAGUAAUUAAUUUGUUAUGGUAAAUUUGGAACUGUAGUGAAUGUUGUGUUUAAAUUGAGGAACUUAUGUGAUUGUUGAUGUUUGUGUUUAAAUUCAGAACU